UCAAAGAGAACAUCGUGUUGUUCGUGAUCCCUUACAAACGUUCCCCAAUAAAAUCUAACCAUGUCUGGCCGUGGAAAGGGAGGAAAGGUAAAGGGAAAGGCAAAGUCCCGUUCCAAUCGUGCCGGUCUUCAGUUCCCCGUUGGCCGUAUUCAUCGUCUCCUGCGCAAGGGUAACUAUGCCGAGCGCGUCGGUGCCGGAGCGCCCGUGUAUCUGGCAGCCGUCAUGGAAUACUUGGCCGCUGAAGUGCUUGAGUUGGCCGGAAACGCUGCCCGUGACAACAAGAAGACGCGCAUCAUCCCGCGUCAUCUGCAGCUGGCCAUCCGCAACGACGAGGAGUUGAACAAGCUGCUGUCCGGAGUAACCAUCGCUCAGGGUGGUGUGCUGCCCAACAUUCAGGCCGUGCUGCUGCCCAAGAAGACCGAAAAGAAGGCUUAAACUGUGUGACAAAGCUUCUUUCAUCUCAAACCCAAAACCGUCCUUUUCAGGGCGACAAAUAACUUUGCCAAAGACAUUUUAUUUGAUUCAUGCUGAUAUGGGACAACCAGAAGUAAGAACAUUUUCUAAUAUAGAACCGUGAUUGAAAGUGUGUACAAAAUGUAAAUGAAAAAAUGUGCCUCCUUUGGGCACAAAAAGCAUCAUUUACUGUUUUCAAUUCUCUAACCCUGCGAAUUCUGAAAAAUGCAGCAUAUCAUAAGCGAUGUGUAAAAAUUUCCAGGUAGCUUGGUAGUGAGGGUUGGUUUUACCAUAGCAAAUGCAAGCAGUGAUACCUGUGUGUUGACCUUUUUUUCUGGAAACGCUAAAGGACACGUUUACCUGAUUUAUCGUUAACUACGGUCAAAUGUUAAAAGUGUUGGUUGUCGAAAAAUGUUGUGUGUUCAGGUAAGGUUAGGUUCUCACAAAAGUUUGACUUGGCCAAUUGAUUGGGAAACGUUGAAAAUGGCUUUAAAAAA